AAUUGGUUGACCGAAAAAUUUUCACCUUAUCUUGAAGAGAAUAUUCCGUCACUGUGUAGUGUUUAUAAAAUAUCAAUUCCACUACCUUUCCUUUGUGUCCAUUAUUGACUCUGUCGAAGUAGCCCCCACUCUCUCUCUUUCUGCGUUUCCAUCUGCAACUAUGCUUAGAAGGGAGAUAAGAAAGCUAGAAGGAAAGGUAGCGCUGAUCACUGGAGCAGCAAGGGGCAUAGGAAAAGCAGCUGCUGCAAAAUUUGUCAACAAUGGUGCUACAGUUGUUAUGGCUGAUAUCGAUCAACAUACUGGUGAAGAAGCAGCAAAAGAUCUUGGAGCCAACGCCACAUUCAUUGCUUGUGAUGUCACCAAUGAAUCCGACAUAUCUAAUGCUGUUGAUUUUACAGUCUCCAGACAUGGCAAACUUGACAUAAUGUACAACAAUGCUGGGGUAGCCUGCAACACUCCCCCAAGUAUUGUUGAUCUGGAUCUUCAAGUUUUCGACAGAGUGAUGAACAUCAACGUCCGAGGAGUGGUAGCUGGGAUCAAACACUCAGCUCGUGUGAUGAUCCCCCGUAGAACUGGGUCCAUUCUAUGCACAGCCAGUGUAACAGGAGUAAUGGGUGGGCUAGCACAGCAUACAUACUCUGUCUCUAAGUCAGCUGUUAUAGGACUUGUCCGUUCUGCGGCAGCUGAGCUAAGCAGUCAUGGAAUCAGGAUUAACAGCAUAUCACCCUUCGCGGUUCCAACUCGAUUCGUGCUGGAUGAAAUGAGUCGGCUUUAUCCUGGUGUUGAUGCUCUGAGACUCAUUGAAAUGGUACAAAAUACUGGUGUGUUAAAGGGAGCAAACUGUGAACCUGUUGAUAUAGCUAAUGCUGCAGUCUAUCUUGCAUCUGAGGACGCCAAAUAUGUUAGUGGGCAUAAUUUGGUGGUAGAUGGAGGUUUUACGUCAUUCAAGUCUUUUAAUUUCUCUGCACCUGCAACUGAUUCCCUGCAGAAGGGUUGAUUGUUAAUUGUCGAAUGCUGUUUGAGGAAUAUUGCAGUAAUAGAGGCUGACUUCUAUAAUUAUCUUUUAGAUGAUAUGUGAAUACGGUUAUAAAACAACACGUUUUGUAUUGGGAUA